AAUGAGUGAAGGGGGCCCUAUCCUUCUUCACAUUUCACUUUCUCGUCCUAUAAAUAGCAAAAGGAAAGGCCUCAGCCCUAGUCCUUGCCGGAAGCAACCUCAGUUUUGGCUUCUUUUCCCUUCUCCUCCUGCUCCAUCGAUCGUCGGUGAUUUCGCAAAGGGAGAGAAGCAAGGGAGAUUAAGAGAUGGGAAGAGGGAGAGUGGAGCUGAAGAGGAUUGAGAACAAGAUUAACCGUCAAGUAACCUUCGCCAAGCGCAGGAACGGCCUUCUCAAGAAGGCCUAUGAGCUCUCCGUCCUCUGCGAUGCGGAGGUUGGCCUCAUCAUUUUCUCCAAUCGUGGAAAGCUCUACGAGUUCUGCAGCAACACGAGUAUGUUAAAAACGUUAGAGAAGUACCAAAAAUGCAAUUUCGGAGGCCCAGAAACAACUAUCAUAUCAAGGGAGACCCAGAAUAGUCAACAGGAGUACUUGAAACUUAAAUCCAGAGUAGAAGCCUUGCAAAGAUCGCAGAGAAAUUUGCUUGGGGAGGACCUCGCUCCACUUAGCGGCAAGGAGCUCGAGCAAUUAGAGAGGCAACUGGACUCCUCUCUUAAACAGAUUCGAUCAACACGGACGCAGUUCAUGCUUGAUCAGCUAGCCGACCUUCAGCGAAGGGAGCAAAUGCUUUGCGAGGCGAAUAGAGCCCUAAAGAUAAGGUUUGAGGAAGGCAGCCAGGCGAAUCAGCCGCAGGUCUGGGAUCCCAGCAAUACGCACGCCGUAGGAUACGGGAGGCAGCCUGCUCAGCACCAUGGAGAGGCGUUCUAUCAUCCCUUGGAUAGCGAACCGACAUUGCAGAUCGGGUAUCAUUCUGAUAUAACGAUGGCAACGGCGACUACUUCAACAGUUAAUAAUUACAUGCUACCUGGUUGGCUUGGACAAAUUUCAGGCUCCUACGAGUAGCUACAAAUUUCUGGCUUUCCCCCUUACUACAUUAUGUAUCCUAGAACUUUAUUAUUAUUAUUAUUUUGGGCUUUUGUGUCGAUUUCUGGCUCUUUUAUUCUAUUUG